AUGGCUUUUUUGAACAUUUCCAAUCAAGAUGUGGCUUAUACACCUGGUUUACAAAUAUUUGCAACCAGACAGAACCAAGUUGCCAUUGAGAAUAUCCGUUUUGUAGAAUGUCAGCCUAUAUCCUCGAUAUCGACAGAAGGUUCACCUGUAGAAAUCCAAAUACCCGGAGCUGGGCAAGAAUAUCUAGACUUGCAACGUAGUCGACUUUAUGUGAAGGCAAAGCUAUUGAAACAUGACGGCUCUCAUCUUACUGCUCUAGAAAAAACAUCUAUCAUUAACUUACCGUCUUUGAACACUAAUAAUUACCCUUGGAAAGCUUAUAUCAAAACAUUGAUGAGUACAUCACAUGAUGAUUUACAACAACUCGAAAGUCAAUUAUACUAUCCUGAUGACCCUAAUCUCGAUGAAACAGACCCUGUUUCUGGAUCCAAUGGCGGAUUGAUAAAAAGGGGGACUUUUACAAAAUCCAGUGUUGAGUUUGAACUGGAAGGGCCUCUCAUGGAAGAUAUCUUUUCAAUAGAUAAAUACAUGAUUAACGGAGUUGAUAUCAAUUUGAAAUUGUACAGAAGUAAUAAUACUUUUAUGUGUAUGUCAAAGGAGGCAUCCCCUGAUUAUAAAUUAGUACUUUUAAAUGUAUUGUUUAAAGCCUGUAAAGUCAGGGUUGAUCCAGGCGUAUAUCUAGCCCAUGAAAAACAAAUCCAGAUAGCCCCUGCACAAUACCCAAUGUUAAAGAACGAAGUAAAAAUGAAUAGCAUAUCUACUAAUUCCUCCGAGUUUUUAUGGGACAAUUUAUUUCAAAAUGCAUUGCCUAAUAAAGUUAUAAUUGGUUUUGUAAACCAACAGGUUGUAAACCGUAGUUACGUACAUAAUCCCUUUAACUUUAUACAUAGUAAUGUAACCAGUAUUGGUUUAUACGUGGACGGUGUAAGCGUGCCAAGUCGACCCUUACAGUUAGAUUUUGAUAAAAAUCAGUUUGUAUCAGCAUAUUUAAAUUUGUUCGAUUGCGCGGAAAGUAAACAAAACCGCACUGGACUUACGAUUGAGAGGUCCUAUUUCCCAAAUGGUUAUUCAUUGUUUUGCUUUGUGAUUGAGCCAAACAAUCUAGGCGGUAAAUACUUAAAUCUCGUUAAAACUGGUCAUACCCUUCUAGAGGUCAGAUUUAAAACCCCAACUUCUGUCCCCAUUAGUUGUUUAAUGCUUGCAGAAUUCCCAACCUUGUUACAAAUUGAUCAGUUCAGAGACGUACGUUUUAUUCAGCCAUGA